GGGAACCGGGCCCCGGGGGGAGUCGGCCGGGCUGCUGCUGCUGCUGCUCCAGGUGCUGCCGCCCGGGGCUGCGGCAGGGCCGGGGCGCCGGGGCAAGCGGGGCGCGGGCGGCGGCGGCGUCUGCUGGCCCGGCGCUGCCCCUGCCUUUCCCCGGGACGCGCGGUUGCUGCUGCUCCUGCCUCCCCUGCCGCCGCUGUCGCCUCCACCGCCGCCGCCGAGCUCCGCGCCCGCAGCCUCCGCCUCCCGGAUGGACGCUCUGCCCCGCGGCGGGCUGAACCUGAAGGAAGAGCCGCUCCUGCCCGCAGGCCUGGGUUCGGUGCGCUCCUGGAUGCAGGGCGCAGGCAUCCUGGACGCCAGCACCGCGGCGCAGAGUGGCGUGGGCCUGGCACGAGCACAUUUUGAGAAGCAGCCCCCCUCCAACCUCAGGAAAUCCAACUUCUUCCACUUCGUGCUGGCCAUGUAUGACAGGCAGGGGCAGCCCGUGGAGGUGGAGCGCACGGCCUUCAUUGACUUCGUGGAAAAGGACAGAGAACCUGGGGCUGAAAAGACGAACAACGGGAUCCAUUACCGCCUCCGGCUGGUGUAUAACAAUGGACUUCGGACAGAGCAGGACCUCUAUGUGCGUCUCAUUGACUCCAUGUCCAAGCAGGCCAUCAUCUAUGAGGGGCAGGACAAAAACCCGGAGAUGUGCCGCGUGCUGCUCACCCACGAGAUCAUGUGCAGCCGGUGCUGUGACCGGAAGAGCUGUGGCAACCGGAAUGAGACACCCUCAGACCCCGUCAUUAUUGACAGGUUCUUCCUCAAGUUCUUCCUCAAAUGCAACCAGAACUGCCUAAAGAACGCCGGGAAUCCCCGAGACAUGCGUCGCUUCCAGGUGGUGGUGUCCACGACCGUGAGCGUGGACGGACACGUGCUGGCCGUGUCUGACAACAUGUUUGUGCACAACAACUCCAAGCAUGGCCGCAGGGCGCGCCGCCUGGACCCCUCCGAAGCUGCCACCCCCUGCAUAAAGGCCAUCAGCCCGGGGGAGGGCUGGACCACGGGCGGCGCCACCGUCAUUGUCAUCGGCGACAACUUCUUCGACGGCUUGCAGGUCGUGUUCGGGAACGUGCUCGUGUGGAGUGAGCUCAUCACGCCCCACGCCAUUCGGGUGCAGACGCCCCCGCGGCACAUCCCCGGGGUGGUGGAGGUGACCCUGUCCUACAAGUCCAAGCAAUUUUGCAAGGGAGCCCCCGGCCGCUUUGUCUACACAGCCCUGAACGAACCCACCAUUGACUACGGGUUCCAGCGGCUACAGAAAGUCAUUCCCAGACACCCCGGCGAUCCCGAGAGGCUGCCCAAGGAGGUGCUGUUGAAGCGGGCGGCCGACUUGGCGGAGGCCCUGUACGGAGUGCCCAGCAGUAACCAGGAGCUCCUCCUGAAGCGCGCGGCGGACGUGGCCGAGGCCCUGUACAGCACCCCCCGAGCGCCCGCGCCCCUGGGGCCGCUGGCCCCCAGCCACCCCCACCCCGCCGUCGUGGGCAUCAACGCCUUCAGCAGCCCGCUGGCCAUCGCCGUCGGGGAAGCCACGCCGGGCCCGGAGCCGGGCUACGCGCGCAGCUGCAGCAGCGCGUCCCCCCGCGGGUUCGCGCCCAGCCCCGGCUCGCAGCAGAGCAGCUACGGCGGCGGCCUCGGAGCCGGCCUCGGCGGCUACGGGGCGCCGGGAGUGGCUGGCCUCGGCGUGCCCGGCUCCCCGAGCUUCCUCAAUGGCUCCACGGCCACCUCGCCCUUCACCAUCAUGCCCUCUAGCCCCCCGCUGGCUGCUGCCUCCUCCAUGUCUCUCCCGGCGGCUGCCCCCACCACCAGCGUCUUCUCCUUCUCACCUGUCAACAUGAUCUCCGCUGUCAAACAGAGGAGCGCCUUUGCCCCCGUGCUGCGCCCACCAAGCUCCCCAACCCAGGCCUGCCCCAGAGCCCACGGAGAGGGGCUUCCAGACCAGCCUUUUGAGGAUUCUGAGAAGUUCCACUCUCCAGCCCGGGGGCUUCAGGGCCUGGCGUACUCCUAAUUACGGUCUGCAGGUCUGGCCCCUGCUGGCCCGGACUGGAGGUCCCACCAGGAUUCACACCCAUGCCCUGGAUGGCAGCACAGACAGAGGCAGGGCCAGGGCUGUGGACAGACCUCAACCCAUGGGCCUGAAUGGGGAGAGGACUUCCUCCCCAUGCUCCCGGCCCUCCACAGGCUUCUUUCACCUCCCUUUCUUGGGGCUGGUCGAAGCCCCAGCACUGUGCUGAUGCUUUUGGCAGGAGAGCAUCCCAGGGAGGUGCUGGGAUGUAGGACUUCACACUCUGGACCGGUUCCUGUGGAAGAGAUGGACUUUGUGCAGACCUGAGGCAUCAGGUGACAGGAGCACAGGAAGUGGACUGUGGGAAAGAGGAUAGCUCAGGGAGAGGUGGCCUGGGAAGAUCCCAUUUGUGUCUGGCCCAUCUGCUGGGCCAGCGCCCACUUCUCUUUAGGGCAAGGGAAAUGUUCAGCAGCCUCAGAAGGCUUGCCCAGGCUCCCAUGGAGCUUCCGAUGGCCGCUUGGCCCCAUGGCUGCCCCACUCCCAUCGCAGCCUGCACUCUCACGCUUGCCACAUCAUGAAUCCCAGUGGGGGCUUCAGGCAUGGCAGUGCAGAAGAGGGGGUGCUAGGCCCCUGAAUUAUGGGUCUUCCUCCCAAUAGAUGUCCCAUGGACUCUGACCCACACACACAUGACUCUGCUGGUCCCAUAGAACCAUGGAACAGGCCCAGCUGCCCCUGGACUCACACUCUGCUCUGUUGGGGUUGGAGAAAACAGAACAAUAAACACAGAUGCGGGUGGCCACCCAGCCUCUCCUGCCUGCUUCCUUGGCGUGGGUCUGCUUUUCUAGGCUUCUCAUGAAGCCCGUCUAAAACAUGCCCCUGGCAGCGUUCUUGCACGUUGGGCUUUUUCAACAGCCCCAGAGUUCAACUGAGCAACUAUUCCCUACCCAGGUCUGCUUUCAGGUACUGUGUCGGGGUGUGGGGAGAAGGCGUACAGGCCUGAGGACCCAGGACAUGGGCUGAGCCCUGAGAUCUUUGGCUGGGAGCACAUUCUGGCCACUGAGGGCUCCAUCCCAUAGCUGUCUGGCAGGACCAAAGUAGGGAUUGUCAUCCCCCAGGGUAGGGGUUGCUGGGGACCAGAACAUAGCAAAUUAAACAUUACCUAGGUGUACACAGGCCCAGAAGUAAGAUCCCUCCUGGCUAGAGGCUGCAGGGCCUCACUUGGGCUGGGUGGGGUGGCUUUUGGCUCCCAAAGUUGCUAUCUGAGCGAGGUCUGACCCCAGGCCUAAACACUUUCUGGCUUUCCUGUCUCAGAGUUUUGGAGGAAGGAUAGUAAAGAUGCAAGAUUCCUGAACUCAUUUACCCCCUCUCCAGGAUGAAUGAAUCCCUGUUGUUCCCCUGAGACAUGUGCCUGAGACCUCGGACCUGGGGAGCCAUUUUUUGACUCAUUGUCCAGGGAUCCCAGUGUCCAGGCUGGUGGCACUCUUUUGCUCUGACCGGGGGAAAUCCUAUUCUUCCCCAACCCAUGUGCCCAUGCCCUACAGCCCUCUGGGCAAAGACACUUGCCAAGGAAGAUGGGCUGGUCCUGCUACUUCCUUCUCAUGUGAUCCUGGCCAACAUCUGGGACCAUAACAGGUAGCCUUCUGGUCACCUUCCCCUAUUUAUAGUGCUUGCCUGGUCUCCCCCUCAGUUCCUGUUUCCAGCCUAUGUUGCAGAGCCCUGAAGGCUACCAUGCCACAGCCUGCUCCAUUCAGACUCUGAGCAGUUUCCACUGCCUGGGGCUCUCCACUGCAGUCCACUGGACUGGAUGCAGAUGGUAGCCGGACAAUGGUCAUAUUCUGGUUCCUGAGAUGGGUCAGAUGCCAUGGAUGAUAGGAAUGAGAUGUGAUAUCUGUCUUCAAAAAUCUCUCAACUGUGCUCAGGCCACCAUUUGAGUCGGCACUGCCCACUCCCUGGUCCAGAGUAGGCAGAGCUAAUCAAUUAUGUUUGCUAUCAGUUUGAUGGACUGAAUUGUGUCCUCCCCAAAUUCAUACAUUCAAGCCCUAACCCUUUCCCCCCAUAUGACUAUAUUUAGAGAUAGGGCCUUUAAGGAGGUGAUUAAGGUUAAAUAAGGUCAUGAGAGUCGUGCCCUCGUCUGAUAGAAUCGGUGUCCUUGUAAGAAGAGACCCCAGAGCUCUCUCUUUACUAUAUGAGGACACGGUGAGAAGGUGAGACUGUCUACAAGCCAGGAAGAGAGUCCUCACCAGGAACCAAAUCAGCUGGCACCUUGAUCGCUCGUACUUGUAGUUUCCAGAACAAUGAGAAAAUAAAUUUCUAUUGUUUCA